GUCUCUUGCUUUCCCCGCUCUCACCGUGGUCAUAACCUAGACCCGCGCUCGCUGGACGCGCCCACCAUGUCCACCAGCUUCUCUCCGACGCCGGCAGAGCUUGCCCUCGUCAACCAGAUAUUCGCCCAGGGCGAUCCCCAGAAACUCGGCGUCCUCACCGGCGAGGUCGCAGUCCGCAUAUUCGGAGGCGCCAAGUUACCGCCCGCGACGCUCGGGGAGGUCUGGAAUAUCGCAGAUGAAGACAACAAGGGCUGGCUGUCGAAGAAGGGUGUCGCUGUCGCUGUACGCCUGAUGGGAUGGGCUCAGAAGGGUGAGAAGGUGACGAAGGCCCUGCUCAACAAGCCCGGCCCCUUGCCCGUCAUUGAAGGCGUCAGCGCAAUUACGCAACACAAUACGGGCAUGUCCACCAUGUCCUCGCCCAAGUCACCAGCGCCCGGAUUCCCUCCACUCACGCCGGCGGACAAGGCGAAAUUCCACAACAUGUUCUACCGGUCGGGACCGGUCAAUGGCCUCCUGAGCGGAGAGAAAGCGCGCGACAUAUUCCUCAAGUCCAAGCUGCCCACCGAUAAGCUCAUGCAAAUAUGGACCCUUGCCGACACGCACGACCGAGGUGCCCUUGACGCAACCGAUUUUGCCAUCGGCAUGUACUUUAUCCAGCAUGUCAUGUCCGGUCACAUCUCCUUCAUACCGUCUUCCCUCCCACCGGGCCUAUACCAACAAGCUGGAGGCAUCGCUCCUCAAGCCACCGGCUCUGUCGCUACCCACAUGACUGGUGGUGCCUUUCCUGCGCAACCUUCUCCGCUGCACCAGCAGUAUACUGGUCAGCGGCCGAUGCAGCCCACUAUGACGGGCAACCGCGUCGUUUCUACUCCAAGCCUUCCAGCACGACCUGCCGCUGCCGCUUUCGGCAGUCAAGCCUUCGGCACCGCACAACCCGCUUGGGACGUAACCCCCACAGAGAAAGCGAAUUCAGACAAAUUCUUCGACGGGUUAGACACUGCGAAACUCGGCUAUAUCGAGGGUGAUGUUGCUGUGCCCUUCAUGUUGCAGUCCAACUUGCCCGAGGAUGAUCUCGCCCGCGUGUGGGAUCUCGCAGAUAUCAACAACGACGGAAGGCUGAACAGGGAUGGGUUUGCUAUCGCUAUGCACCUCAUCCAGAAGAAGCUGGCGGGUCAAGAGAUCCCGGCGACCCUUCCACCUUCUCUCAUCCCGCCCUCGAUGCGUGGCCAGACUGCACCUGCACAGUCGCCGUUUAUGCAGGCUCCGGCGCAACCGCCACCGCCGCAAGAACCGAUGAGGGACUUGUUCAACUUCGAUGAUGAACCUCCUGCGACAAUGUCUCCGCCGUUGGCCCCUCAGGCUACGGGCGGGAACACGUUGUCUGCGCAACCGACGGGUACUGCGUCGGCCUUCAAACCAGCGACUACACCUGUUCCGGCUUUCACGUCGCCGGCCCCUGCUCAGGAUCCCUUUGGUGCUUCCAACGUUGCUUCGCCCAGCAAGAACCUUCUUGACGACGAUGAGGAGAUUCAGGAUGAGAAAGCGCGCCAAAUUCAGAACCAGUCCGUCGAAAUUCGCAACGUACAGAACCAGGUCGAGUCUACCAAUCGCUCCCUGGAUAACUCCAAGAACGAACGCGCGAACCUCGAGCAAACCCUCGCCGAGCAGGCUGCUCAGUUGUCGGCUUUGCAGACGCAGCUCUCUUCUGCUAAGGCUGCGUACGACACCGAGCAGAAGCUCCUUUCGACGCUUAAGGAGCGCUAUAUCAACCAGACCAGCGAGAUCUCGAAGGCGCGCGAGGAGCUCAUCCGCGCUGAGAGCGACCUCAGCGCGCUGAAGGUCGAGAAGUCCGAGAUCGAGGGUGCCUUCCUCCGCGACAAGGAGGAGGCCCGCGGCCUACACCGCAAGAUGACCGAGGUCGGUCACGAGAUCGAGAUCAUCAAGGGCGAAAUCGAGAAGGCGAAGAAGGAGGCGAAGCAGCAGAAGGGCCUCCUCGCCAUCGCGAAGAAGCAGCUGGGCACGAAGGAGACGGAGCGGAGCAAAGUGGAGAAGGAACUCGACGAGGCAGCGGCGGAGGUUGCAGCCAUCACGCGCGAGAAGGACGAGACGGAGGCACAGAUUGCGGGCGGGGAGGCGCUGGCGAAUGGCUCUCCACUGUCGCCGCCUGAGCCGGAGCGCGCGUUGUCAAACGACUCGAUCACGUUUGCGGCGGCGCAGCCUUUGCCGGUGACGCCCAGCCCAGGCAGCCCGGCGCCGAGCGUGAAGAGCAACAACCCGUUCGAGAGGCUGGCGAUGUCUCCUGGCUCCAGGUCGCAAUCGCCGUUCGCGCUCCCGUCGGUGGCGAGCCCGCCUUUGGCUGCCGUGUCUGCGAGCCCUUUGCUUGAUGGGGCUGCGCCUGCUGCCGGCACUGAGCAACCUGUCGCGGAGGCUGCUGGCGAUCCAUUUGGCUUCUCUGCUGCCUUCGAGACGCCUGCGCCGCCUGAGUCUCAGGAGAUCGUCACGACAGAACCGGCGAACGAUGCCGCUCAGACAACACCGAAGCCUGCGCCUGCUGACAUUGUCGUGCCUCCGCAUGCUAGGCUUUCGGUCGACAACGCAGUUUCCCCCGCGACCGCCACGGACAGCGAAUUCUUCUCAACCCCUCCCUCAACUGCUCGUCGUACCCCCGAAACGUCCCCUUCAAGGGAGCAGCCUGCUGAGUCUGCAGCCUCCCCGGAAGCGACGACCCCUCAGCCUCCUCAUACCCCGGGAGAGACGAAGACAGAGGCUGCGGUACCGGGCGCUUUCCCCGACGCCACGGAGCAGCCGUCGGGCGAGUCUGACCUGACGGCUGGCGUGAAGGAGAUCGACGUCGACGAGUCGGACAGUAGCGAUGAGGACGAAGUCCCACUGGCGACUUUGGCGAAGAAGGCGGAUGAGGCGCGCGCUAGUCUCGAUAAGACGCCUGCGCCCAAUGGGCAUGCCCCGAAUGGGUCGACCAGUGGGCCGUCCUUUGACGAUAUUUUCGGUGGCGAGGCCGCGCCUGCUGAGGCGCCAAAGGCUGCCACGGCGGCAGUCGACGCCUUCGGCAUGCCCAUCCAACAGACCGCGAGUCCGUUUGAGGCACCUGCGGAUAACCUGUUCGGUAACUCGGCCCCUCCGUCUGCUAUCUCUCAGGAUACGUCCGGCGUCAGCGCCUUUGACGAGGCGAUGGGUAAGGUCUCGACAUCUGGCUCGUCCCCUGCCCCGCAGUUCUCCUUCGAGUCUGCUUUCGACGACAACUUCGACUUCGCUUCUGCCAAGGCGACGGACAAUAACCCGUUCCCGACGCCGACGCCGCCUGCUGCUCAGCCUAGUGCCUUCCCUGCCGUCGGGUCUGAUACCUUUCCUGGUGUAGCAUCGCCAGCACCUGCUGUUGAGGCGCCAAAGACUAGCAACGACUUCGACGCCAUCUUCGGUGCUGGGGAAGCUUCAACCGUCGUCACCCCGCGCCCGCCCAAGGCGAGCGCGUUGAGACCAGCGUCGAGCUUCAUGCCGGAUGGCGGCUCACCGUCGGAUGGCUCCCCUCAGCGCCCAAUGACGAGCUUCUUCCCGAGCGCGUCGCCGCAAGCAACGAACGGGACGGGUGAGGCUCCAAAGAGCCAGCCGUCUUUUGACGAGGCUUUCGGAGGCUUUGACUCGGGCCCAUCGUUGAAGCUGGACGAUCAUGCCGGUGAGCCGCCUGCGAGGGGUUCAGCUGAGACCACGAACUCGCCCAAGACGUUCCCAACCGAGCCUGCCUCACCCAAGGGUUCGGAGAUGUCCACGCGCGGCCGAAGUGCAACCUCCCCGCCACCUCGUGUUGGGUCGCCGCGAUCUGCUACUGGCCGCCCUUCGACGUCGUCCUCAUCGAAGGACGGUCAUGAUGGCAAAUCUCAACCGCCGACCAGGCAUUCCAAGCUUAGCAUUCGCUUGCCCUUCGGGAAGAAAAAGAAGCACACGGCGCCUCCUGAGCCCAUGCCAGCGGCGCCGUCGCAUCUGUCGCCCGCUCUUGAGGAGCCACGGAACGUGACGCCAGGGAGCGAGGACGACGUUGAGCCGGUGAAGCAGUUGACGUCGAUGGGCUUCAGCCGCUCACAAGCGGUGGCCGCGCUGGAGGCACACGGGUACGACGUUCAACGGGCACUCAACAGCUUGCUUGGCCAGUAAACCUAUACGCUUCGGACCGUCGAUGACAUGGAACUACUACUACGCCUUCUAUUCACGCAUUCGGUACAUAUGCAAUGCACACACGGUACCUCGUCAAAGGUCGCGUCGCUCGUUCGUUCGUCUGUUCGCUUUCUACGUGCUCCUCUACUUCCUUAUGAUAUCUGCUUAUUCACGCCUUACUAUAUGUGUAGUUCGACGGACACUUGAUCUCGAGAUGGGAUCCGCACGCUCGUUCUUAUCUUAUUUUUUCUCCUCUUUUCUCUCCAAUUACUGAAUACCAGAAUGAAAUGGGCCAUCGAGGAUUGGACUCUUA